ACGUCCAGCUCGCAGCAGACGGCGAACUCGAUCGGUCGGAAAAAGUAAGGCCUUGAAUGCUGCUCUCUGCUAGAAGAAUUUUGUUAUAUUUUCAAGAUGUUGCCAACAAUCAGUGAAAAGUCUGCCGAAUCCGGCGUGACAGUCAUCACAGAUGGCGGGUCCUCUCGACGUGACAGCGCCGAGACCAAGGCGUCGUACAAGAAGUACAUCAUUGUUGCUGUUGCUGUCAUUGUUGUUGUUGCUGUUGCUGUCGGUGGAACGCUGGGAGCAGUUCACAUCUCUAACAAGGCAGCACAAGAUGUGUGGAAGGAGUACCAUCUCCGUUUAACUGACAAGCAAGGGAACAAAGUUGACGAAAAGGUUCAGGUUGACCUGAAGGACAACAUCACCGUGUACAACGUGAACAACGAGAAGUUCCACGUUGCCAUGGACAACUCAAGGAGUCUUGUAGUAUACAAGAUGGAAAUGAACAACAAGUUUGCUUGUUACUUGACUCCAAUGAACAAAUCUGAAGAGACUGACAGCAAGGGCGUGGCCAGCGCUUUGGAACAACCGAACACCGUUGAAAAUACGACAGAUGAAGAUAUUGAACAAAAGCGAUUCGUUGCCAACACUUCUCCGAUCAAGGACAAGUCCUUCCUCAGUCCCAGAAUGCAGGAAUUCUGCAGGGAUUUGGAGGCAUACUGGCUUACCCAGAAAGACGAAAGUACUACAGAUGGCGUCAGCACCCAAGCACCGACAGGAGGUAAUCGCCAGAAGCGAGCUUGCUACUGGCGCCGUUGCUUGAGGCUAAGACGCUACUGCUACUAUUUCGGUUAUUAUCGGUAUUGCUAUUACAGAUACUAUUAUGGUUGGUGUGUCAGAUGCUACAGGGGUAAAUAAACUUCAGGGCAAGAUAUGUUUAUCACAUGGCUUACUGUAUAGGGUCAUUAAAACUUUUCAAAUUUAAUUAUUAUAUCCAAGAAUAUUUCGAAACCACGCAUGUAAAGGUCACUUAGUGCAAGAGACUUUGACUUUUGAGAAAAUCCUUUCUGAGGUCCUUAAUCAGCGUCUGUUUUUCAUUAUGUGUGUUCUUUUUUAAUAAAAGCCCAAGUAUGCAUUUUUGUAUGUUAAGCGUCAUAACAAAAACAGUAAAACCAUUAUCCCAGAUGGCAGUUACAUGUAGUGAUGCUCCUUUUAUAAAUGCUUCUUUUGCUGUUUGCUUUAUAAUCGAAAAAUGAGUUAAGGAAUUUGAUUGACAAUGACGAACUGUUUGGAAAGGUGUUAAUUUUUUAAGGGAUUUAAAAAAAUUAUUUACGGAAUUGUAUUUGAAGUGGUUAUAAAAGUAAAUCAUAUUUAGGAUGUAAGGACCACAUGCUACAUGUACUACUACAGAAUGGUGAAUAAGAAAAUCGCUUCUGCAGUUCUUAAUCAGGGACCUUGUUUUGUUAUUAAUUAAUUCCACGCGUGCAUUUUGGUGUGUUCAUUGUUACGUCGGAAAUUAUUAUUCUAGAUUAUUGUUAAUUAUACAUCUUUUAGUUGUGUUUCCUUUGACUUGAUGUUUGCUUUGUAUCCGAAAAAUGAAUAAAAGAGUUAGAAAGUCAGUACCAUGA